AUGCCUGUUGCUCUCAAACUACGAACCAUCACACGCCCCCUCAUCCAACAGACGCGAAUCUUCCAGUCGACUACUACAUCCAUCAGAAUGGCCUCAUCCAACGAGUACGGACAGGGCAAGUCCCAUGCCACGGGGGAGUCUGCGGUCCCCAACAAGGUCCAGGACGCUGCGCCCAAGGGCCUCGAAGAGGCUCUGCCCGAAGGUGUCCAUCCCACUGGUAGCAACCCCAACAACCAGUCCACCAACAAGUCUCACGCAAAGGAUGGCGGCGACGCAUCGAUUGUCCCCAAGAAGAUCCAGGAGAAGCUGCCCGAGUCGGUCGAAAGGGCUGUACCCAACGCUAUCCACGACACUGGUGACAAAUAA